AGUCAAAAUUGACAGGUGCCCGCGGAGCGGUGAAAUACUGGACAUUUUUAGGCUGUGUUCACAUAAAUAUCGCCACAAUGGCUGCCUCACUUAAAGGGCUGGACCCGGCCCUCAAAAUUUACCUUAGAAAUAAUCGAUUGCCAGAUGUAUACGAGGCCCUAUUGACCUCGGUAGCGGUCAUGUGUCCAGAUGAUCCACUUCAGUUUAUUAUUGAUAAGCUGUCAGUCAUACGAGAUCAAGGUUAUGGAAUCUUGGAGUGGGAUGUCUUCAUAGAUGAAGGCAUGAAGCCAAAGAGUAAAAUCAUCAAUGAGAGCAACCUGGAGUAUAUCUUCAACUUUGAUGAGAAUGCACUGCCAACCCCAGAGAUGUAUGCCAAGGCCUAUGGCCACUACAACAACAAACUCAAGACAAUGUGCUACAGUUCAUGGAUGCAGUACCACUUGCGAAAACAGGCCAAGCAAAGAGCGCUACAAGCCAAAAUGGACCGAGCCGCCACCCAUUAUGCCCAUCGCAAGAUGAGGAUUCAUAUACAUAUAUGGAUGGAAUGGGUGAGGUUCAGGAAAGGAAGACAAGCUAUGGCUUUCAACAAAAUACAACACGUGUUCCAUGUCUCAGUUGGCCGAGUCAUUUUCGAAGCCUGGCAUAAUGUCACUCUCGAUGCCAAGAAAACCAGGGAGUAUUUCGAGCAAGGAGAGAGGUUGCUUCAGCGGCUUGAGCGUGGGGAGAAUAUGGAUGACGAUGAUGAAUUUUCCCGAGGUGGUGGGGAAGCUAGGGAUGACAUCUCAAUGCUGCCAAGGAAAGUUGCCAUCAAGAUCUUUGGCUAUAUCAGCAUUGCCGAUCUCGCGAGAUGUGCGUCCGUGUGUCGUUCAUGGAAGGUGAUCACCCAGUCUAGUGCCUUGUGGAGUAUGUUAGACCUGUCGCAGGUCAAGGACAGAAUCAAAGAUCGUCCCGCAUGCCGGCUCUUGGCAAAAUGUCGACCAUUUCUUGUCCAUCUGAACAUGCGUGGAUGUGACAUGUUGAGUAAACCAACAUUCGUAUCGAUGAGUGAGUGCCGUAAUUUGCAGGAUCUUAACUUGUCAGAAUGUCCUGGAGUCACAGACGAGACCAUUCGUAUUGUAGCAGAUGGCUGUUCCAUCCUGUUGUACCUGAAUCUAUCACACACAGACAUCACCGAUGCUUCACUCAGAACUUUAGCCAAGCGGUGUCCUAAUCUACAGUAUAUCAGCCUGGCGUUUUGUAGAAAAUUCACAGACCGGGGUCUGGCAUACAUAAGCCACAGUGAGGGAGCAAAGAAAUUACUCUAUCUUGACAUGUCAGCAUGUUUACAGAUCACAGAAAAGGGCUUCAAAUUUAUUGCUGAUGGCUGUCGGAACAUACAGUUCCUGAUGUUGAAUGAGUUCACCUCACUCUCGGACGAAGCCGUCCAAGUCUUGGCCGAUAACUGUAAAAACCUCCGGCACAUCUCGUUCCUGGGGUCACCAUUCCUGUCCGAUGAAACAUUCAAGAAAUUUGCCGUUCACAAGAAGCUGGAGAAAAUCAAAAUUGAAGGUAACCAGAAGUUGUCAGAUGCAGGUCUGAAGCCCAUCGGGAAGUUCUGUCACGAACUCCGUCACCUGUACAUGGUCGACUGCCAGCGCAUCACCGACCUGUCCCUGAAAGCUUUAUCAUUGUGUCGUCACCUCACCGUACUCAACUUGGCAGACUGUGUGAGAAUCACCGAUACUGGAGUGCGGUACAUCGUAGAAGGUUCAUGCGGCCCAAAACUGAGGGAACUCAACCUGACAAACUGUAUACGCCUGGGUGACAUAGGCUUGGUGAAUAUUCAUAAAAGAUGUCAUAGCCUGGCAUACCUCAGUGUCUGUUUCUGUGAGCACAUCAGUGAGGCGGGUAUAGAGCUGCUGGGUCAGACUCACAGUCUCACGUCGUUGGAUAUAUCAGGGUGUAACUGCGGUGAUCAGGGCCUGUCCGCUCUUGGUAACAAUCAACAUUUCAAUGAUGUGUGUCUGUCCGAGUGUUCAGCCGUCACCGAUCUUGGUCUGCAGAAGUUUGCCCAGCAGUGUAAGGAGGUGGAGAGGUUGGAUCUCUCUCAUUGCCAACAAUUAACAGAUGGUGCUAUAAAGAACUUGGCAUUUUGUUGCCGCAUACUCAGCGUGUUGAACCUAGCCGGAUGCAAGCUCCUCACAGACCUUAGCAUCCAGUACCUGUCUGGAGUGUGCCAUUAUCUCCGCUCCCUGGAUCUGUCAGGGUGCAUACUGGUUUCCGAUAAAUCUAUGAAAUAUUUGAGAAAAGGCUGCAAGAAUCUAAAGACACUGAUUAUUCUAUACUGCUGUAACAUUAGCAAGCAUACUGCUGCAAAGAUGGCGCGUCAAUUGGAAGUGCAAUACAGCCAGGAUGAAGUCCCCAGCUACUUUGGAUAUUAAAGAGGCCUUUGCUGUGAACUAGGUGGAAUCAUAUCUCUGUUCGGGAUCAGAAAUUUUACGGAAUGUGGACUCAAUACAUGAUGUCUGAAUUCGACCUUUGAUUCUAAACUGCUGUAAGCUGGGAAAUGUUUAUCUGCAUUCUAAUUUUACACUUUUAUGACCAGUACUGUAAUAUCAGUGAACAUUCCCCAGUUUAGUGCAUUUAGAAAUGUUCAAAAAGUAAAACCAUUUCCUUUGGGAAUUGACAGCGACUCCAAUAUUUGAUGAAGAUGCGAUCUUCCUUUAACAUAUUUGAAGGGGUUAUCUGGAGGUGGUAUUUCCAUCCAUUAAUCGGUGAUGUUGCCAUAAUUUGGUCACUAUCAACAUGAUCAACGAAAAAAUACUCGAAAAUCUUCUUUUGAUUUAGGUCUAGGACAGUAUGUUAUGUAAGCAUGAUUUACAACUUUUUGUUGAUUAAUGAGUUUCUACAAGCGGAUAGACCAGCAUUGUCGACCCAGGUUUUUACCUGAUGUUCGGCCGUCAGUGACAAACCUGCUGCAUGUAUUAUGGAGUCUACACUGCUUGUGCCUUAGAUAUAUCUCUCUCUCUUCUGUGGUGAAAGCUUGUGCCAAAGAUAACUUUACAAAGGGCGCAUUAAUGUGCCUUACAUUUGUUCCGUCCAAAAUGUGUUUGAAAUAUUGCAUUGGGGAAUUUUUUAAUCGGUGAAUUGGUACCAGUAGCAGAAUGGCCGUGUCGAUCACUGUGACAAGCACAGUUUCAAGGCACAAUUUCUUAGAAAUGCUAUUACAGUAGAACCUCUCUAUACCGGUAGCAGAAUGGCCGUGUCGAUCACUGUGACAAGCACAGUUUCAAGGUACAAUUUCUUAGAAAUGCUAUUACAGUAGAACCUCUCUAUUAAGGACACCCAUAAGACUGAUAAGUGCUGUCCUUAAUAGAGAUGUGUCCUGAUUAGAGGGGUCACAUUGAAUGGAAACAACCAAUUUGGGACCAAAACUAGUGUCCUUAAUAGAGAGGUGUCUGCAAAGGGAGGUUCCACUGUCCUAUCCAAGUGUCAGUCUCGCCGACUCUAGUGCCAACAGAAAACACGAAAAUUAUGCAUCAAGAGCAUAAAAAAACAAACUUUCUGUGAUCCAAUAUAUUUGGAAGUGAAUUGUUUGCAGAGUUGCGACAACAUUUGAUGUCAGUAUUAGCUAAAUCAUCCCAAUAUAUCUGCCUCUCUGCCGGGCUGUGUUUGGAGCUAAGCAGUCUACUGCAUUCUAAUGUAAUGAUAAAAGCUUCAUCAGAUGUGGCUAAAACAUAACGCCCCCUCGUCUCGGAGGUCAGGCAUGAUAAGUUGAUGUAAUUCUUCUGCAUCUAUUGGGCAAUGUGUUUGUUCCGGGGCCCCAUGGUACUGCUUGUUUGUUCCGGGGCCCCAUGGUACUGCUUGUUUGUUCCAGGGCCCCAGGGUACUGCUUGUUUGUUCCGGAGCCCCAGGGUACUGCUUGUUUGUUCCAGGGCCCCAUGGUACUGCUUGUUUGUUCCAGGGCCCCAGGGUACUGCUUGUUUGUUCCAGGGCCCCAGGGUACUGCUUGUUUGUUCCAGGGCCCCAGGGUACUGCUUGUUUGUUCCAGGGCCCCUGGGUACUGCUUGUUUGUUCCGGGGCCCCAGGGUACUGCUUGUUUGUUCCAGGGCCCCUGGGUACUG